GGGGAGGAGGCUCCCGUGAUGCACCGCGCGGGGAGGGGGCGGAGCCGCGGGGAGCGCAGGGGCCGGGCAGGAGCGGCCGCCAUAUUGGGGAGCGCUGAGGGCUGAGGCCGGCGGAGAGUGACAGGAGGAGGCGGAGCAGGAGCUGGGCUGGCUGGCAGACUGAUUACUGGCUAGACUUCAUGAAUAGAAGGUCCUGGGACUGUUAGACUCCCCAGCCCCCGCCCUUUCCACCAUGGACCAGGAUUAUGAGAGACGUCUCCUGCGCCAGAUCAACAUCCAGAAUGAAAACACGAUGCCUUGUGUAGUUGAGAUGAGACGAACACUGACACCUUCCAACUCUCCAAUGUCCUCCCCCAGUAAACAUGGAGACCGUUUCAUUCCCUCAAGAGCUGGGGCCAACUGGAGCAUUAACUUUCACAGAAUAAAUGAAAACGAAAAGUCACCAAGUCAAAACAGAAAAGCAAAGGAUGCUACCUCAGACAAUGGCAAAGAUGGCCUUGCUUACUCAGCCUUGCUAAAGAACGAACUGCUGGGAGCAGGGAUUGAGAAAGUGCAGGACCCGCAGACAGAGGACAGGAGACUGCAGCCAUCCACGCCGGAGAAGAAGAGCCUCUUCACAUACUCACUCAGCACCAAACGCUCCAGUCCAGAUGAUGGCAAUGAGGUCUCCCCAUAUUCCCUGUCACCUGUCAGCAACAAAAGUCAGAAAUUGCUAAGAUCACCUCGAAAACCAACAAGAAAAAUCUCCAAGAUUCCUUUCAAAGUGCUGGAUGCUCCAGAGCUGCAGGAUGACUUCUACCUGAACCUAGUGGACUGGUCUUCUCUCAAUGUUCUCAGUGUUGGCCUCGGUACCUGUGUUUACCUAUGGAGUGCUUGUACUAGCCAGGUGACCCGGUUGUGUGAUCUGUCUGUGGAAGGCGAUUCUGUGACAUCAGUGGGCUGGUCAGAACGGGGGAACUUGGUAGCCGUUGGAACUCACAAGGGCUUUGUACAGAUCUGGGACGCGGCUGCAGGGAAGAAAUUAUCCAUGCUUGAGGGUCACACAGCCAGAGUGGGUGCUUUGGCGUGGAAUGCAGACCAGCUUUCUUCUGGCAGUCGGGACAGAAUGAUCCUUCAGAGAGACAUCCGGACCCCCCCACUACAGUCUGAGCGACGGCUUCAGGGCCACAGGCAGGAGGUGUGUGGGCUGAAGUGGUCCACAGACCACCAGCUCCUAGCGUCGGGUGGAAAUGAUAACAAGCUCCUUGUGUGGAAUCACUCCAGCUUGAGUCCUGUCCAGCAAUACACAGAGCACCUAGCAGCAGUGAAAGCUAUUGCGUGGUCUCCACACCAGCAUGGCCUGUUGGCCUCGGGUGGUGGGACAGCUGACCGCUGCAUUCGGUUCUGGAACACUCUAACCGGGCAGCCCUUGCAGUGCAUUGAUACUGGCUCACAAGUGUGCAAUCUGGCUUGGUCCAAACAUGCCAAUGAACUAGUGAGUACCCAUGGAUACUCGCAGAACCAGAUUCUCGUCUGGAAAUAUCCCUCCUUAACCCAAGUAGCAAAACUAACCGGGCAUUCGUACAGAGUCUUAUACCUGGCAAUGUCUCCUGAUGGGGAGGCCAUAGUUACAGGAGCAGGAGAUGAAACCCUGAGGUUCUGGAAUGUCUUCAGCAAAACUCGCUCAACAAAGGAGUCUGUGUCUGUCCUGAAUCUCUUCACCAGGAUACGGUAAACCCCGUAUUGCACAGCAGGAGACCCCGGUACAAUGUGCCAGGAGAAAACCACUAACUUGGCGUGCAUGGAACCUCUCACUAUCAACCAGAAGAGGGGAAGGGGGAGUGCCAGUGGGUUUGGAGGAUGGACUUUCAAGAUUCUUCUUAAAUACAUGAUUGCGAACCAUAUUGGACAGUAUUUGGGGUGGGGCUGGGAGGGUGAUGCAACUACCAAAAGGUAAAGAAUUCAUUCUUCAUAAAGGGGAACAGGUGCAAGAGGGAAAAACUAAAGUAUCUAAUUUUAUACAUUGGGUAGAGCUUGUGUGAUGUGGACCAUGAUAAGGAAGACUAGGCCAAGGGCAUCCCGACUGCUGCUUUGUAACCUCUGUGAGAGAGGAGUGUUCUGUGAGGGGGUGGGUUGGUUUGGAAUGCUGCUCUGGGUUCUUCAUCGUUCUCUGAUUUGACACACUUCCUCGGAAGCCGGAGUUAUCCAGACUGGAUCAAAUUUUACUGGUGGGAGAGGACAAAAGUUAGAACUGGGAAGAAGCCUCUGGCAUGUAGAAUGGGUAUUGGUUUUGCUUGGGACUAACUUUCCAAGUAGAAAAAAGGAGAACUGCUUAUUUUCCUCAGACACACAGUUUUCUCUUCCGUUUAAAAAAAUGACUAAUACUUGACAUGGAUGUUCCCCUAAGCGUUUAAUUUUCAGCACACUUAGUAUCUGGCUAAAAUAACAGAGCUGAGAAUUUUUAAAAAAGAUUUUAACAGCAGCUGCCUCUUCUGAAGGAAAGAUCACUGCACAAUCCAAAGAGAUGAUUAUUUUUUUAAAAAGAAUUAUUGAUAUUACACGUUCAAAGCUGGUCUCAAGACUUUUAGUUUAAUGGGGAAACAAUGGCUUUUUUUUUAAAAGACCCAGGAGUAUUUAUUUAGAGCUUUAUGCUGUGCCAAUUAUUGCAGACUGAUUGCUGCAGUGUCUCUAUGAGGACAAAAGCAGUUGAGAUGGAUUUAGAAAGAAAGACUAUUGUGGAUCUGUUUUCAAAGACAAAGGUUCUUUAAGAUUGUUGCCUGUCUUCCACAUGGGACGGAAGAAACAUCAUGUGUUUGUAAGUCUGUGUGCAAGGUAUUUUAGGCAAGGGCGAAGUGUUGCCUUUUUUUUUUUUUUAAACUUCAAUUAGGUCAGAGCCAGAGGCCCAUUUUUAAGUUUCAGGAAGAGAGAUCCUGCCAGUUUGUUGGAAUAAUGCAGUGAGGUGUGAUGCUAAGCACUUGUGUGUGUGUGUGUGUGUGUCUUGCUUUUAAUUUAAAGAGAAGCUGUUAUGCUUGCAGCAGCCAGUUCCUGUCUACUUUGUACAUGUGCCAAUGCUCGCCUGCUGUGCAUCUGGCUGUUCGGCCCACCCCCUCGCUUCCUUUUGUAAAAUGUGUGGAUGUAAGUGCUGUCUCUUCUCUUGGCUAUUGUGUAUAUAGACCUUGUCCUGUUGUACAUAGUGUGUAGGCAGAUACCUUCUUGCGAAACCAGCCUGCCCAGGUGUGGGGGAGGGAAGGUGUGGGAGAUACCUGCUCCUCUAGAGCAGCAGCGACCCCUUUAGAAAGGGCAAAUUUCAGGUAGCAAGUCUGGCAGAGAGAAUUGCUAUGAACUGAUUCCAUUUCACUGCAGCCUUGGCCGAGCGUGCCAUUUCCAGCUAGCGCGUGGCUGUUGGGCUCUGGGGACUGAGUGCUUCUCGACACGGGGUUCCGUAGCAAAGCUGACGGCAUUGGAGCCCUUAAAGCCAAAAAUGGGACCUGAAUAAUCCCGCCGCCCCCUUCCCACGCUCCUCCAAAAACCAUUUCAGCCCAGAUCUGCUUUACUCUGGUUCUCGCCACAAAAUUCCAAGGCACUGCAAAAAUGGUCUCCUGAUGCCUCUCUUGCUGCUUGUUACGUGUUUGGCAUCCUCAGCCGUCCCAUCACUAAAGCACUAAGGAAUUGUUUGCCUGACUUAAUGAUCUGACAGGUUAGCAUGUCUGAAUUCCAGGCGUCCCUUGCAGUGAAACAUGGUCUGUAACGGGGGCCUGUUCCACCCCCUGGGGCAAUUAUGGUGGAGAAAGGCCCAGAGGCUUCAGUCAGAGACUGGGAGGAGGGGGAAUGUGGCUUAGUUCCUCGUUUGCGAUAACUGUUCCCCAGUCCCCGAGCUCAAUGUCCAAACCACCCACCAAACAUUUUCCUCCUGGAGAAAAAUCUGUAAAUGGAGGGAAACAAGGGGAGUAAAUUUGUCUCUGCUCAAGUUGUGUAAGUGCCCACUUAACGAGGAGGAAAACGGAAAGUGUCUUGUGCAGAAGAAAGGUGGAAAGUCUGAUGGUGUGUGCAGGGAUGGCUGGGGGCUGGGAGGGAGCGGUACAGGCUGGGUUGUGCAGUGGUCCUGGUAACUAUCCUGCCAGUAAUCCCCUCUCCUCCCGCCCCUGCCCAAUACCACACGCUGGAGAGGAGCAAGCUUUCCUGUUUGUUAGGCGUGUGAUCAGCCUAGGCUUGUGCGCCCUACAUCAGAGAGCCACCCUUGCUGAGGCAGCUGGUAAAAGGAACAUUCGAACUCAGGCUAAGACGAGCUUUGCUUUUUAUUGGGGAGGGUUUGCUUGGAAAGGAGAAGGGAGCAGACAGUCCCCUUCCUUUAGGCCUGCAGUGUUGGGUUUGGUUUUGAAGCACUCCCCAGAAAUAUAAUGGAGUGGAGGGAGGAAAUACCACAGAGAAGUGGAGAUGCUCUGGAGUCUGUGCUGCAGUUACACAUGGGAGCUUUCUUGUGUGUCGCACUGAAAUCUCAAGCAGAGAAUUGCAUUCGACAGAGAGCUCAGUCAAGAGCGAGCCUCCUUCUAGGCGCUCAGUUUGUUGUUCUCUGCUUCUAACAACAUUAUUUCUGUCAGUGUUUCAGAACGAUCGCGUUCCUAAUCCUCUGCUCUGCGCGUUCCUAAUCCUCUGCUCGGAAGGCUGGGCUGACACCUGCUUUGGGAGCAAGACAGGUUACUUUGUGUUCCUACGGUUCUGCUUAGCAGGGAUGAGUAGUUGAUUCCCGAUCCCAUAGCUGGUUUAUGGUUGAGUGUAUCGGCUGCCCGGCUGGAGAGGUGGUGGGAGAGCAAUGUUAAAAACUGUCAUUAGUGGACAUAAAAAAAAUACCAGCACAAAUUCCCUGUUUCCCAUGUGGUUGCUAAAGGAGGUGGUUUGCUGGGGCUAGUGGAGUGUCCUCAACAGGUAUCUUUCCGGGGGGGGUGCUGGGGGUGUUUGUGUCCAGAAUCUCAUGUAUGCAACUCGUGUGAAGCGAUUGGCUGCCUGGAGUGUGCUCAAUAGUGUUGUAAAUGGAAGAAAAACUCCCGUACACUUAUUUCAAUGUAUGAACCAUAACAUUUCUGACUUGUACAGUUCAGGCAGUUUGAAAGGUCUCCCCAGAGUUUAUGCAGGUAAAUUCUAAGAACUUGUGGCAUUGUUACAUACAAAGCAUCAUAUGGUGGAAAAAAAUACAGAGACCAUUGUAACUUUUCAUGUUAAGCAAUGUAACUGGCAUUAAAUACAUUGUCAAUUUAC